AUGGACGCCAUUGCAGAAAGUACAUUCCAGGUUAACAAGAGCAAGCCUCAGCUAGUAGAGGAUACUCCGUCGUUGCUUACUCUUGUAAUAGAUACAAAUCCAAAAUUGUGGGCAGACUUGGAUAAGGAGGUGGGCCAGGAAGGGCAGCUAUUACAAGCCCUGAAAUCUAUCAUAAUAUUUUUAAAUGCUCAUCUAUCAUUUAACAAUAGCAAUCAAGUUUCAGUUAUUGCUGCAUAUUCUAGAGGUAUUAAAUACCUAUAUCCUCCCGCUGAUGAGUUAGAAGAUAUGUCUGAGAAGAAAACGUUACAUGAAGACAAGUCGAUCAUCAAUAGAGAUAUGUACAGAGGAUUCCGAAAUGUAGAUGAAACAGUGGUAGAAGAACUCUACAAACUUUUUAUACAGGAGAUUAAUGAUCAAGAGAAUUCCAAGAUACAACCCAUCAAGAGUACAUUAUCGGGAGCAAUGUCCGCUGGGUUGACAUAUAUUAACAGAAUAGUAAAAGAAAACGAAAGUACAAGUUUGAAGUCACGUUUAUUAGUUAUUACAUGCGGCAGUAACGCAGGUAAAGAUGAAAUAUUCCAGUAUAUCCCAAUUAUGAACUGUAUCUUCUCUGCAACUAAAAUGAGAUGUUCCAUUGAUGUUGUGAAGAUUGGGGGAACGGAAGAAUCAACAUUUCUGCAACAAGCUACUGAUGCUACAAAUGGUAAUUACUUACACGUUGAGAAUACCGAAGGUUUAAUCCAAUAUUUGUCGACGGCUAUGUUUAUCGACCCAUCAUUGAGACAGUGGAUCGUGAAGCCAAACCAAAGUGCAGUAGAUUUUAGAACUUCGUGCUAUUUAACUGGGACGGUUGUCGCUAUAGGAUUCGUUUGCAGUGUUUGUCUCUGCGUACUCUCAAUUAUACCACCAGAAAACAAAUGUCCUGCUUGUGAUGCAGAAUUUGAUGAGAAGGUAGUAGCUAAAUUGAAACGAAAGCCAGUAAUACCUGGCUUAGUAAAGAAAAGGAAGCAGAAAAUUGUUAAGUAA